AUGAUGGAACGGGCCACCAUAAAAAUUAACACAAUGCCAAACAAUAAUGAAAUAUACAUAUGCGGGUUCAACAUGUCAAGUCUAACACCCAACUGGAAACUGGGUGUUUCAAUUGCUGGGAUUUUUAUCUUGUAUAUAUGUUUCGGAGCAUUACAGGAAGCAAUAUUCUCUGCCAAUGAUUUACGAUCCUAUAGUCCAUUCCUUACACUAUAUCAAUUUGGAAUCUACUCGGUUUUAUCAUUUUUGGAACUACGUGCUCAUGGUUAUCAACUAUUCAACCCAUGGAUUCAUCUCUAUGCUCUUGUAGCUGUAUUGACAUUGGGUUCCAUUGCUCUUUCUAAUGCUUCAGUCGGCUUUCUUAACUAUCCAACUCAAGUGAUUUUUAAGUGUUGUAAAAUGAUCCCAGUGCUAUUAGGUGGAGUUCUUAUACAAGGAAGAAGAUAUUCCAUUUAUGAAGUAUUGGCGGUGCUUUUGAUGACGUUAGGUUUAAUUUGUUUUACAUUAGUUGAUGUAUCUAUACAGCCUAAGUUUACUUUGUUUGGAGUUUUUCUAGUUUCUCUCGCAUUAUGUUGUGAUGGAGCUUUGGGUAAUUUUCAGGAAAUUAUCAUGAAAAACUAUGUUCGAUCAAAUUCAGAGAUUUUGUUUUAUUCGUAUUCAUUGGGCUUUUGUUUGUUGGCUUCCGUUCUAACAAUAUCCGGCAACUUGUUUCCAUCUUUCUAUUUUUUUAAUGAUCAUGCUUUACAAACUUAUGGUUAUGGCUUUAUAUUUUCAUUGUCCGGUUAUUUCGGUGUACAGUUUGUACUGUGUUUAGUUCAUUCACAUGGAGCAUUAACUGCUGUAACAGUUACAACAUUUAGGAAAGCUGUUUCAAUCGCCGUAUCAUUUAUUAUGUUUGAAAAGCCUUUUUCUCAAGGAUACAUAUGGUCUGGUCUAUUAAUUGUAUUUGGACUUUAUUUAAAUUUAUAUAAUAAAAAUCGUUUAUCAUGGAACGCUGCUAUUCUAAACAAAUUGAAAUCUUGUCGUUUGGUCAAAUCUGAUGCAAAGUCUAUUUUAACAGCAUAA